AAGAGAAACUAGACAAACUUAAGUUGACUUUUCUACCAUAAAAUAUUUCUCACCUAAUAAAAAGUGAUGCAGAUUUAACAUUCCUGUUUGUGUAUAAAAUUAUUAUUAUUAUAAAAUUAUAUUCAUACUAUUUUAGUGUUUGAGGUUAUUAAUUAAAAUGCAUAUUAAUUUCACAGAAACUUUAGAGUACACACCAUCCUGUGGAGAGAAAUCACGUAGUAGUGAUGUACGUAGUGCGUAUGAAGUUUCACCUCAAAGUUUUUCACAGUCUACAACAUCAAAAGGUUCUGUUAAAAUAACAAGUGGCACUACCCGAGAUUUCCUAUUGCAAGAAGCUACUCCUCGGCGAAUUUCACAGCCCUCCACGUCUAAAGAUUUGAAUAACUGUGUAGAAGGUCAAGGAAAAUCAAGUAAUAAUUUUAAUUAUUCAUCCAAUACUUAGCAAAACUUACUUUUUUCAAAUUAAAGGGUUUUCGGGUCAAUUUCUAAAAAAAAAAAUACAUUUUAAUGUUGUAUUUAGAUUAUGUGGUUUUUCAUUGUUUUAGUGUUUGAAAUACUUUUAACGAAUUUGCUGGAGAUUAAGCAACAAAAUAAAAUUCUAAUUAUUUUGGAAAAGAAAAAUACUGACAGAAACCCACAGUCUUUACCUGAAGAUUUAAAUAUAGAAUUUCCCAUUAGAAGUAGUCAUGAUCUAGAUAAAUUUGAAGCAUAUCUUUCAAAUCAAGAAAAUGUUGAAGGAGCUAAAGCUGUUGUAAGUACAUUUUAUUAAUUAAUUAUAUUUUGGAUGUAUUAUUAUACUUAAUAGUGUCAUUACACUACAUUUACUACUGAAUUCCCAGCUAGUGCAUAAAAAACCCCAUCUAUGUUAAUAAGCUGAAAUUCCGGGAUAUUUAAACUUGCAUGCAACAUACUUUUAACGUAACCCUUACAUCCCUGUAACUACCGAAUGUCUGCUUUAGCAAGACAUUUAUAGAACAUCUCAGAUGUUCAGAAGUGAAGUUUGAAAAACGACACACUAGCACUUUUACAGUACUUUUCCCUGAAAGUUGUUCUUUAUAGAUUUUAUAAUGUGAGUUAGUUAUACAGAAUUAAACAGUGUGUCCACGGAUAGACUUAACUGUACUUUUAAUUGAGAAAACGUACCAUUUACCAAAUAUAUUCAAACGCAUUAUUUAUUUAUAAAUUCUCAAGAAAAGACAAGAAAAAUUACAAUAAUUGACAAUAUUUUUUUAGGUUAUUUAAUUUGUCAUAAAUGAAAGCUACGUUCACAAUGCGCUGUUUACUAAACUUCUCUUGGAUACAUUUUUAUAGCAAAUUACAUAAUUACCUUUUGCUAACAUAAUAGGUAACAAAUAGAAGUUUUGCGAGGUUUUAUUUCUCUCAAAAACCUCUCAUGAACGUUACAUUUAUGUUGUUAUGUUAUUACGUUGCCUUAAAACAACAUCGCCAAAAGGCUUGGGAAUGUUAUGUGCUAGCUGGGUUAGUUCUUGACACAUGUUACUAUCUUCAGAAGAAAAUAAAGAUAGUCUUUGACAUGUCUUUCUGUAAUAUUUGUACCAUCCUAUGAAGAUAAGGACCAAUUUUUAUCUCCUUCAGAAGAUUGUAAAAAAUGGUCCUUGAAGUAGAUGUGGAGAAAAGUAAUUUGGUUCGACCAAAUAAAAGGUGUAGUGUGAGUGAAUAUAUAGGUAUGCAAACAUAUUUUUUUUAGGUGUUAUAUUGGUCUUCUCUUGGAGGUAAAGAUUGUGCUUCAAAAACAAACAGAAUCUUGAGAGAAGUACUGCAUGACUCAGUAGCAACGAAAUACAAUUUUUAUGGAAGACACUCAAAGAAACCUUUUUCGGAAUUAAAAAUCAAUUCAGAAAUUAUUAAUGCUGUUAAAAUAUCUUGUAAUACUUCUACAAGGGAGAUUGAAAACAUUAUAAAAAUUUGGUUGAAGCAUGCUCCUGAGAGAUUAAGAAAACAAGAAUUAAAAGAAGUACGAAAUCGUAAUAAUUAAUCAAGGUUAUUUUUUUUAUAAUACCUAAUUAAGUUACAUAUUUUUAUUUUAUAAAAUGUCGACUAGUCGAAAAGUAUAUUAUAAAGAAGUUGUAGGAGAUCGUCAAAUGUACAGAAGGGUUGCUAAUGAAGUUAAAAGUACAGUGGAAAUGUUAAAAAGCAUAUCUGAAAAUAAUUCAGAUGUAUCUGUAACUCAAUUUGAAGAUAAUGAAACAUGUACUAGUUUAUUAAAUGAUAGUAGUCAUAGUUCAAAUCAAUCUUUAUUUUCAAAUUCUAAUGUCUUUAGAACAAAAAAUAAUACUGAAAUUGAAAUGAAUUCUAAUUGUGUAACUUAUUCACCUGGAAUGGAUGCUUCUAGUAGUAGUAGAAGUAGUAGUAGUGAGACUACUGCUUCUAGUAGUAGUAGAAGUAGUAGUGAAACUAAUAAUUUGCAAUCUUCUUUAAGAGAAUGGGCCCUUCGGAACAACAUAACACUAUCAGGUAUUUCAGAAUUAUUACAUAUUUUAUUUCCACUUGAUUCAACACUGCCUUUAGAUGCCCGUACUCUAUUACAUACUCCCGUUUCAACAGUUGAUCAUAAACAGUUAGAUAAUGGCGAAUAUAUUCAUUUUGGGUUAAUUAAAAUAUUAAAACGAAUUAUAGUAAAAAUACCUUUUGGAAAUUCAGCUCCCAUUAUUAGUAUUUCAUUCAAUAUAGAUGGAAUACCUGUGUUUUCCAACAACAAUUCACCAAUUACUUUUUGGCCAAUACUAGGACUUAUUAAAAAUGUAGGUAUUAAACAAAAAUGUUUUGUCAGAGGUGUUUUUUGUGGUAAAGACAAGCCAAAACCGAUAAAUAUUUUUUUAAACGAUUUUGUUCAAGAGGUUUCAUUUCUUGUAAAGAAUGGUUUACAUUGUAAUGGCAAAAUGUAUUCUGUAAAAAUUCAUAGUUUCAUUUGUGACGUUCCAGUAAAGGCAUAUCUUAAGUGUAUUAAAGGACACAAUGGUUAUUCUUCCUGUGAUAGGUGUACAGUUGUUGGGCAGUAUGUUAACAGGCAUAUGAUUUUUGAUAGUAUGACUUCCCAAAAACGUACAAGUGAAUCAUUUUUGCAACAAAGAGAUGGUGACCAUCAUAAUUCUGUUUCACCAUUAGUCUCUUUACCAAUUGAUUUUAUUAACAUAUUUGUAAUUGAUUACAUGCAUUGCGUUUGUUUAGGUGUGGUAAAAAAAAUGAUUAAUUCUUGGAUACAAGGUAAAUUUUAUAAUGUCCGUUUAAAAGCAAGGGAUAUUACUCUUCUUUCUGAUUAUUUAACUAAUUUAUGUACUGCUCUUCCCGAUGAGUUUAACAGGAAGCCUUCUAAAAUAACAGAAAUAUCGUAUUGGAAAGCAACUCAGUUUAGAACGUUUUUGCUUUACCUAGGUCCCAUUGUAUUAAAAGAAUUUAUGGAUAUAGCUGUGUAUGAACAUUUUCUAUUAUUACAAUCUGCAAUGUCUAUUUUAUUGUCUAAGAGACAUUUAAAUAUGCUAGGUUGUGAUUUAGCAGAGAAAUUUUUAUGUAUUUUUGUUAAACAUUCUAAGCAUCUCUAUGGUUUAGAUUUCCUUGUUCAUAAUGUACAUUCGUUGAUUCAUAUAGUUGAUGAUGUACGACUCUAUGGGGUUUUAGAUAAUAUUUCAGCCUUCCCUUUUGAAAAUCAUUUGCGGGCAUUAAAAAGAUUAAUACGAUCUGCUAAUAAACCAUUAAAGCAACUUUAUCGUCGGUUAAUUGAAUUAAAUCAAAUUAAUAAAAACGCAGAACCAAAGGAUGUUCAAUUGAAUUCAAAUUGGAGGCACAGUCGAGGCCCAUUGCUCUCGCGUACAGGCUCUAAACAGUACAACAAAAUUUUCUUUCAAAAUGUGAAGUUUUGUACUUAUUACUAUUCACGAAACAAUUCUUAUUGUCUUUCAGAAGAAAAAAAAGUCUUGCAAAUACAUAAUAUUUUGGUAUACUCUGAAACUAAUAUCAUAUUUAUUUGUAAACAGUUUCUAUCUUACAAAUCCUUAUUUACUUAUCCUUUUGAUUCAAGUAAUUUGCAAAUUUUUGUUGUUGACAAUUUAUCUGUUCUGAUAGAAAUAAAUAUAACCGACAUUCUAACAAAGUGUAUCGUUUUUCCCCUUAAAGAUAACACCUUAGCAUCGUUUCCAUUGUUGCAUAAUAUCUAUACAGCCUAAGUUAAUAUAAGAAAAUAUAUGCAAAAAUACAAUAACUAUCACAUUAAUGAAUAAAUACCAAAUAAACCACACAUUAAAAAAACAACAAUCAAUAAAUAAUUAUAACAAAAAUUCGAAAGAGCUUUUUUAAAUAACGAACUAUAGUCAUAAUGAUACUUCCCAUGUAGUGGUUCCAUAAUUUAGUAAGUACUUAUACAUGUUAAUUGAAUUUUUUUAAAUGCUGUAAUUGCAACAGUAUUCCCAUAUAAAAUAUUUACUGCUAUUUUUAGUAAAAGAAAAACUUUAAGCAACUUUUCUGACUUACAUUUUUUCAGAAUGAUCUGCACAACUAAGUUUUUAAAUAGUUUUUUUUAUAUUGUAACUAAAGUGUACUUUUAA